CUUUGACGUACAUCAUUACAGCGAGAGUGCCGUGAGGCUAAACUCGUGAGAGGGGAGGCACAGUUGUACGGAUGAUAUAUACGAUCCAUGCGCGUCCAUGAUGGAGUCUGAGCUGCAGUCGAGUAGUCCUGCGGCGGACGAAAGCAGAGAGCAAAGAAGCCGUUUGCGAAGGCUGAUCGACAAGAUGGCUUUCAAGACGAAUCUUUACAAUGUGCUUCUGGCUAUGUUUGCCGCGACUGGGUCGUUUCUGUUCGGUUACGACAGCGGUGUUAUGACCGAUGUCAUUGCCUCGCCACACUUCCUGAACUACUUCAAUACCGUAAAGACUAGUCCCAUCAUUGGCGCCAUCAACAGUACCUUCUCCGGUGGAGCAGUCUUCGGCGCGCUGAUGGGAGGCCUUACCAUGGACCGCUACGGAAGAAAGAAGACUGUACAAAUCGGAGCUCUGAUCGCAGCUGUCGGCGCUAUCUUGCAAUGUGCAGCAGUCAACCUGGCCAUGAUCUUGAUCGGUCGAAUCAUCGCAGGCUGGGCUGUUGGGCUGAUGUCUAUGUCGAUUCCUGUCUAUCAAGCUGAAUGCGCUCACCCCAAAAUGCGUGGUCUGAUCGUCGGUCUCACACAACAGAUGAUCGGAAUUGGUUUCAUCGUGUCGACUUGGAUCGGCUAUGGAUGCCACCACGCACCAGAUGACAACUCUGUUCAGUGGCGUUUCCCGCUAGCCUUCCAAAUCCUGCCUGCACUCAUGCUGCUAGUUGGUUUCGUCUGGCUGCCUGAGAGCCCUCGCUGGCUCAUCGAGAAUGACCGAUCAGAGGAUGGAUUCAAGAUUCUGAAACGACUCCAUUACGACGGGACAAACAACGACUGGCUGCAGCAAGAAUACAAUGAAAUCGUUGCGACCAUUUCUGCGGAGAAGGCUAUUACUGUCCCUGGAUGGCGCAUUAUGUUCACGGUCCCGCAGUGGCGAACAAGACUGAUUCACGGUACUCUUGUUCAGGUCUUUACUCAAUUCUCCGGAAUCAACGCAAUCGGCUACUACCAGACCAUCAUGUACGAAUCCCUCGGCAUCACCGGCUCCCGCGCUAUCCUCGUCGCAGGAAUCUACAACUGCGUCGGUCCCAUCGCCAAUGCCAUUUUCAUCUUCUUCAUCCUCGAUCGUGUGGGACGUAAGCGACCGCUCAUCAUGGGUGCCAUCGGAAUCACCCUCGCACUGAUCUGCGAAGCUGUGAUCAAUUCUCAGAACCCCAACGGCGACAGACACGGCCUAUCCAUCGCUGGUGUUUUCUUCCUCUUCCUCGUCUCUGUCAUCUUCAGUUGCUCAUUUGGACCGAUCUCUUGGGUCUACAUGUCUGAGAUCAUGCCCAUGCAAAUUCGUGGACGAGGAAAUGCUUUUGCGACUGGAAUUGGGAAUUGGCUGUGCGCGACAUUCAUCUCGCAAAUCUCGCCGACGGCUUUGGGAGAGAUUGGUUGGAAGUACUAUUUUAUCUUUGUCGCGUUCAAUAUUGUGAUCACGAUCCCGGUGAUUUGGAUCUUCUUCAAGGAGACCAAUGGGCUGAGUUUGGAGGGGAUCGAUCUGCUAUUUGGUGAGGGAAGGGCGAUGGGUACAUUGCCAACCGUCAUUGGCGAGGAGGAUAUGAAGGACGCUGUUAGACGAGCGAGCGUUGCCGCGGGCGGUGAGAAGGGCGGAAUGCAAUUCGACGAGGGUGAGAGGGAUGAAAGGGAGAGUGGUGAGGAAAGAGUGCGAACUGGAAAGUGAACAGUAGCGGCGAGUAACAGCAGCUGCAUUGUGAUGAAUGAUGAAUGGGAAGUGCUACGACUGAUACAACGCAACGCGCAACAUACUAUGACCAACCGUCAAUAUCAAACUCAAAUCUCACAUCUCCUUUCCCUUCCGGUAUGGGCGUUCCAUGCUGGUCAUACAAUGUUCUUUCCACGUACGUGACUUUGCCCUGCUUGUUGACCAGAAUCACAGUCUGCUUCGAAGUCCCAUACGACGUCUCCGCAACACUUCCGCUC